AUGAAAAUUGCUUGUCUUCAAUUUAAUCCAAUCAUUGGGGAAGUUCAAACGAAUCAAAGACGUGCAUCCGAAAUGCUCGAAAAAUAUCAACCUGGCGAAAUCGAUAUUUUGGUUCUGCCUGAGAUGGCUUUCACCGGUUAUGUCUUCAAAGAUAAAGAGCAUAUUAUGCCAUAUCUCGAGGAUGCAGAGACGGGAACUACAGUUCGUUGGGCUAAAGAACAAGCCCUCAGGUUGCAAGCGUUUGUUAUGGUUGGAUAUCCACAAAUUGUUAAGGGUGAUCCAGACAAAUAUUAUAAUAGUGUGUGCUUCGUUGGUCGAAAUGGGAAUCUUAUUGAAACUUAUCAAAAGACUCAUUUAUUUAGUACAGAUGAAAGUUGGGCUGAGGAAGGCCCCGGAUUCAAAUCUAUACAUGUACCUGGUUUAGGAAAGGUCGGCUUCGGUAUUUGCAUGGAUCUUAACUCAUAUAAGUUCCAGACUGAAUUUACAGCAUUUGAAUUUGCACGUUUUCAUCUUCGCCAACAAAGUGACAUUAUACUAUGCUCAAUGGCAUGGUUGUUGACUGAAAGUAGUAGUAAUAAUGUAGAUUAUUGGUGUUACCGAUUACUACCAUUAUUCAACGACACGUAUACGAAUGAUGAAGAAUCUACAGCAGGUAUACAAAGUCUGGACGCAACUAGAAAUCGGAAUGUUUUAUUUGUUGCAUCUAAUCGAACUGGAUCCGAAAAUGGUGAUGUUUAUUCAUGA